AUCGCCCGCAACCAACACGAUGUGAUGUCGCAGCACCACCAGCUUCACCCUCUCACCACCAUAUCGCACCAGUCAUCUCGCAAUAGCAGCGUGCACAGUGCGUUCCGCCGGCGCAGCGAGCAGCACCUCCGCCCCGACGAUGCCUUCUACCACUCUCCUCCGAGGAACAACUCCUCGUCCUUGCUCCGCACCGAUACCAUAACAUCGCGCAUGUCACAAUCGCAAUUGCACAGUGGACAGCAGAGAUCGAGUCGCGAGAAGCGUCGAGGUAGAAGCUCUUCGCGGAGACGUGCUGCUCUUACGCCGAAACCACCUUCGAACGGGCAAUGGAAGAAGCUGUUGUGGGUGAAGCAGUCCUACCCCGACAACUACACGGACGAGGAGACAUUCCUGGACCAUCUUCAGAUGAACCCCAAGCUGAGACCCUACGAAUUCUGGCCGCUGGUGGCAGACAGCACGAUCAUCGUGCAACAUGUCUGCUCCGUCCUGAUCUUCGUUUGCUGCUUCGCCGCCAUUUUCAGCGGCAGAGUCAAACCGGAAAGUGUAGUGGGCUGGGCGACUGGGUGUACUGUCAUUGCAUGGGGUUUUAGAGACAAGUGGCAGGGCCGGUCAAAGCACAGUGACGAGGAUGACGGUGAAGAGGGCAGUGCCGGUGGAAUUGACGGGGACGAUGAGAAGAGCUCGAGAGGAAGCGAAGAAUAUAGCGCGGACUAUGGAAAGCCGUUCAAGGAGAUCUCCGAGAUACCCAUCACUGCUGCAGUGCCAAGCAGGAUUCACUCGAGAAAUCCUUCGACGACCUCAAUUGCGCUGAACGGUGGCAUGUCCAGUUCUGCUUCGCCCAGCUCACCGACUAGCGAUGCGCUACCCGCACCGCCGAGCAUUCCAUCAUAUAUCCCGCCCUAUAACAGCAGGAAAACAUCGAUGCUGUCUCCACGAAUGCAAGAACGACUCACAACUGCGAAGUCUGCCAUUCUCAUCUACUGCUCGCUCCUCGGCCUGUCACCAAUUCUCAAAUCUCUCACACAGUCUACCUCGAGCGACUCAAUCUGGGCACUCUCGUCGUGGCUUCUCAUCCUCAAUAUCUUCACUUUCGAUUACGGCGCUGGACCCGAGGCCAAAUUUCCUGCGUCGCUCAGCACGAACGCCGCUCUCAUGGCUUCCACAGUCCUUGCUUCCCGUCUUCCUAGCACGACUCACGUCUUUUCUCUCACACUCUUCAGCAUCGAAGUCUUCGGCCUCUUUCCCGUCUUCCGCCGACAUCUCCGUCACCACUCUUGGACGGGCCACGUCUGGCUGACAGUCUUCUUGGUCGUUCUCGCAAGUGGUGGCUUGGGCAUGACGAUAUCUGGAGGAGGCUGGGGCUGGGGUGCGCUGGGUGUCGUGAUGGGCACAGUUAUCAUGGGUCUUGGGAUGGGACUGACGAGUUGGUGGCUCAUCGGGUUGCAGAGGUAUAAGAAUGAAAUCUAUGGACCCUGGGACCCGGCGAGGCCGAUAUUAGGUGGAAGAAGAGGUUGGUCGUGAUCUGUAGAGAGAAUCAUGAUACCCCUGAAUUAACGGAAUGGAAUGCUUGAUACUUCAUGAUUCUACGAUCGCCGACUGCAGUGCUGUCGGUCUCGUGCUGCGAGCGAACUGGAUCAUAUCCCGGCGCUUACCCAAAUGAAAGCUGCACUCAGUAAAGGGGCCAUACAAUAGAUCACAGGAACGCAAUAGUCCCAAAGAUGCGCGUCGAUGGGCAAAACAA